AUGGUUGAAAAGAGGCUGUUUUGUCGCCCCUACAGAAUUUUUAAAGAAGGAAGUAUAAAAAGUCAAUGUUUUUGUGACUUCCAUGGUAUUGAAGGGCAUGACAUUCAGUCUUGUGAGGAAUUUAGAAAGUUACUUCAAGACAUGAUGAAUAACAAGGAGAUUGAGAUCUUUAACAAAGAGGCCGAUGAGGGAGAAGUAUGCGCUUCUGAAAAUCAAUCAUCAAGUUUCCCUUAUAGCGUCGAUCGACCAUUGGUAAUUUAUUACGAUGCAAAAAAGGAACAAGUGAAACCGAAAAUGAUAAUUGAAGUACCAUCUUCUUUCCCUUACAAAGGCAACAAUGUGGUACCAUGGAAAUAUGAUGUCAACAUUAUCACACCUAAAGGUGAAAAAUCCAAAGCCAUGACUGGAAGUGUUGGUGAAGUAAGAUAUUUUACUCGCAGUGGGAGAUGCUAUUCUAAAAUGGUUGAACUAACAAAAAAGACGAGUGACUCGAACCAGAAAGGAAAGGCAUCGAUGCAUGAGGCCGAGGUCGAACUUGAGACUCCGUCUGAAGAAAAAGUUAAAAGGCCUGUGAAUGAAGAUGAAGCACAUGAAUUCUUGAAGUUCAUCAAGCAUAGUGAAUAUAACGUUGUGGAACAGUUAAGUAAACAAUCGGCACGAAUCUCGGUAUUAUCCCUCUCUGUUGAAUUCGUAACCACAUCUAAUGCUUUCUUGAAAGUUGAUGACGAAAUACCGCUAAAUAGUAGGGUCUCCGUAAAAGCAUUGCACAUCACAACCAGUUGUAAGGGUUACAUAAUACCGAAUGUACUCAUUGAUAAUGGGUCUGCAUUCAAUGUCAUGCCUGUGGCCACACUUUCUAGAAUUCCAAUUGAUCUGUCUUAUCUAAGGCCUUGUUACUCCAAAGUAAGAGCAUUCGAUGGGACAAGACGAGAAGUCAUGGGAAAAAUCGAAAUUCCUCUAGAAGUGGGCCCUUAUAUGUAUGACAUCGAGUUUCAGGUCAUGGACAUCACGCCUUCAUAUAAUUGCCUUUUAGGAAGGCCUUGGAUCCACUUUGCUAGGGCAGUUCCUUCAUCUCUCCAUCAAAAAGCGAAGUUUAUCAUGGAUAGUCUUUUGAUCACUGUCGUGGAUGAGGAAGACAUUGUCGCAUCUAUCUCUGCUGAUACAUUAUACCUCGAAGUAAGCAAGGAUGCAGUAGAAUGUUCCUUCCAUACCUUUGAAUUCAUCAAUGCUAUGUUCAUUGCUGAAGGAAAUAAAAUUCCCAUGCCUAAGUUGUCGAGGAAUACCAAGAUGGGAGUUGAGCUGACUGUGGGAAAGGGAGCCCAAGCAAGGAAAGGUUUGGGAAGAUAUCAGCAAGGGAUAGUUAGAGCUCUAAAACCAGUACCCCAUAAGGCUUGA